CAAAUAAACAAACAAGUCACAGAAAGGAGUGAAGAAGGGAGGGAACCAGAGAUAGGAGGAGAAGAAAGAGAGAGGAUCGUGAUAUCAGUCUGUUCUGAUAAAAGAAGAAACACAAACACACCUGAAACACAACAUCUACAGAAAUGGAGAGAAUCACACUGAUGUCUGUUCUGCUCACAGUCGUGGUCAGUUCGUCUCCGCGUCAGUAUCACUUUGUGAAUCAGAACAUGAGCUGGACUGAAGCUCAGAGAUACUGCAGAGAGAAAUACACAGAUCUGGUCUCUAUCAAUGACAUGAAUGAACAGAAUGAUAUAAAUCAGCUCCUACAGAGAGAGAACAGAACUGACCGUGUCUGGAUUGGGCUGCAGGACGCAUGGGUUUGGUCUCUGAAUAACUCUGACUUCUACAGAGGAAAUGAGUCUCAGUUUAGGAAGUGGGAUCCAACACAACCAAAUGGAGAUGGAGACUGUAUUUAUAUGAACAGUGAUGGACAAUGGCAUGAUAUGGACUGUAAAACCCAAACGCAUUUCAUCUGCUAUAAUGGCAGCAGUAAAGGAUUCGUCCCUGUACAGGAGCAAAAGAACUGGACUGAUGCUCAGAAUUACUGCAGACAGAAUCACACAGAUCUGGCCAGUGUGAGGAAUGAGAUGGAGAAUAAUCAGAUCCAGAACAUCAUAAACCAGACCCUAACUUCACCUAAUCAAGCCUGGAUCGGUCUGCACAGAUCCUGGAAUUGGUCAGACAACAGCAACUUCAUAUCCCCUCUCUGGAGCAGUGGUGAACCCAAUGAAAAAGCUACAAAUUACAGCAUCUGUGCAUCAACUGGUAUCAGUGAUAAAGGAGGAUGGAAAGACGAGCGUUGCUCAGAUCAGCAUCUCUUUGUGUGUUAUGAUGUCGUGGUCAGUUCGUCUCUGCGUCAGUAUCACUUUGUGAAUCAGAACAUGAGCUGGACUGAAGCUCAGAGAUACUGCAGAGAGAAAUACACAGAUCUGGUCUCUAUCAAUGACAUGAAUGAACAGAAUGAUAUAAAUCAGCUCCUACAGAGAGAGAACAGAACUGACCGUGUCUGGAUUGGGCUGCAGGACGCAUGGGUUUGGUCUCUGAAUAACUCUGACUUCUACAGAGGAAAUGAGUCUCAGUUUAGGAAGUGGGAUCCAACACAACCAAAUGGAGAUGGAGACUGUAUUUAUAUGAACAAUGAUGGACAAUGGCAUGAUAUGGACUGUAAAACCCAAAAGCAUUUCAUCUGCUAUAAUGGCAUCAGUAAAGGAUUCGUCCCUGUACAGGAGAAAAAGAACUGGACUGAUGCUCAGAAUUACUGCAGACAGAAUCACACAGAUCUGGCCAGUGUGAGGAAUGAGAUGGAGAAUAAUCAGACUCAGAACAUCAUAAACCAGAACCUAACUUCAGAUCAUCAAGCCUGGAUCGGUCUGCACAGAUCCUGGAAUUGGUCAGACAACAGCAACUUCAUAUUCAAUCUCUGGAGCAGUGGUGAACCCAAUAGCAGAGAUGGCAAUAAAAGCAUCUGUGCAUCAACUGGUAUCAGUGGUGAAGGACGAUGGACAGACGAGCCAUGUUCAGAUCAGCAUCUCUUUGUGUGUUAUGAUGAUAAACUGGUUCUGAUCCGAGAGAAUAAGACGUGGUAUGAAGCUCUGAGAUACUGCAGAGAUAUGAACAUGGACCUGGUGUCGGUGGAUUCGGAGCAGAUGCAGCAGCGGGUGAUGGAGGUGACCUCGAGCGCUCUCUCUGAUCACGUGUGGCUGGGUCUGCGUCACUCCUGCACAGUGGGGAUCUGGUUCUGGGUCAACGGUCAGACCGUGUGCUAUGAUCAGUGGGCUUCUGGUUAUGACACCGGACUGGACGACUGCGAUAUGACGGUCAGAUCCGGAGUCAUUCGAAAGAAUGAUACUCGCUGGAUCAGCCGCCCUGAAACUGAUAGAUACAACUUCAUCUGCAUCAAACCUCAGCCUUCUCAUUGAAGAGCAACUUUAUCAAAGAUGUUUCCCUGGAGAAAUUAAAAAAGGAUACAAACAAGUCAACAAUCCAGUCCAGAGCUGUACAAUGAAUGUGGAGCUGAAGAACAAACAUCUGAAAGCAGGAAA